AUGUCCGUCACCAACUGUAUGGUCCAGUUUUAUCUGCUCUGUGUCCCGACCAUAGCCCAGAGUCUGCUCCUAGCGGCCAUGUCCUUCGAUCGCUACGCCGCCAUUUGCAAUCCGCUCCAUUACAUGUCUGUCAUGACUUUCAAACUGCAGCUUUACAUUGCCGCCUACUGUUGGGCCUCCGGGGUUCUGACCGCCCUUCUUGCCUUUGCCUUUUUACACCCAUUGGUGUUUUGUUUGGCCAACGUUAUCAACCAUUUCUACUGUGACAUUGCACCCAUCAUCGAGCUCUCCUGCUCCGAUACCUCCAUAGUGGAACUGGUUGUCUCCCUGGAUUCCAUGUUUGUCUUCUUUUCUCCAUUCGUCUUCAUUAUUGGCACCUAUGUCUCCAUUCUCCGAACCAUUCUCCGAAUCCCGUCAGGUUGUGGGAGGCAAAAAGCUUUUUCUACCUGCAGCAGCCACUUGUCUGUCGUGUUUGUGUAUUACGGCACAUUGACCGCCAUUUACCUUUAUUCACCCGGGAAACAUUCACUAAACGCAAAUAAGUUUCUCUCCUUACUGUACAUUGUGGUGACCCCAUUGUUCAACCCCAUCAUCUACAGCCUGAGAAACCAGGACAUCAAAAGAGCCAUACGGAAAUGUGUCCUUGGGAAGGUCACGGGAUUCACUUAG